CAUCACAGAUGGUGGUCGGUUAUACCACUGCACGAUACAGGCAAACCCUUCACUUUCUGUUAGUUCAGAUUGAAAGCGCUCAGUUUUCCUGAGAGUGAAAUAUAUUUCUUCUUCAAAUAUGACGAGCCCAACCCUGGCUAUCCUGCCAUUGUUUUGGGCAAUAUGGACCUUCGUGGGUGUCCUUACCACCUUCACCAUGACCAUCGUACAAGGCCAUUACCAAACAGGGAUCAUCAGCAUCAGUGACACUGGAGCACAAUACCCAGAAUCCAUCGUGCUGACUGUAGUUUCCACCGUGUCUUCUCUGCUAGAGGCCGGGAUUUUGUUUAUAAUCUACAAAUCCAUGGAGAUCCAGGCCCUGAAGAAAAUCCUUUGUGGAGUCACCUGCCAAACGUGGAUGUUGGCAUUCGGAUGGAUGACGUGUGUUGGCAACAUCAUUACCCCAUUGAUACAGGAUUCAGCAAUGCUUAAUGAUAGCUGCCUGGCAGUUUUAUCUAGUAUGGUCAUCUACGGAGGCAUAUCAUUGGCAUCUCAGCUGUACCCAGGCUCCAGGGACCGUAGAUGUAGACGCCUUACCACCACGGUGCUGUCAGUUACCAUCUUGCUGGCUAACAUUAUCCGGUUAUCCUGUAAAAUGACAGCAAUGUACACCUGCACCAGCGAGUAUUGCACACAGUCUUCCAGAAUAACGCUGACCAUCUUGGAGUGGGUCGUAUUGGUCUGCUCAUUUAUCAGCCAAAUAAUGCUGUAUUGGGACUUCAAGGUUCUUACUAUGACAACAUCUAAGAGCAACAUGAUCGAAGCCGAGAGCGUCCUGGCAGUUGAUCCAUUGAAAGUGCCUCUACUAGAUCGAGCACUUGAGGAUCAACUAGAUGACAUGACGCCAGAGGAAACAUCAUCAUGUGACCAUGUUAUAUUAGACCUGUUUUCAGCGGAGGAUAUAGCAACAUCAGACUAGGAGCCAUAGGUCCCAUCCCCCCCCUCCCCCCCCCCCCCCAAAAAAAAAAAAAUGGAUAGAUAUAUCUAUCUAUCUAUCUCAUAUCUAUCUAUUGUGAGAAGGUGAAAGGCAUUGUGGUUGAUGGUCGGUAUGUGUCACCAAGGUUCCUGGCCUUGGUGAAGUAAGAGCCGGUAUUUAUUCAGUGUCUGUGCUGCAAUGCAGACUGACACUGUGGCUGUAGUAUGGCUGGAAGGCCUAUCUGGGACCGCUUUUACUGGGAAUGGCCAAGUGUAGGGUGGGGGCCAUUCCCCACAAUCCAGGCCGCCUUUUGGUGGCCUUAAAGGCAACCUGCUUCACCAGCUGAGGGGGAUUUGCUAGUUGGAGCUCACACUGCCAGAGAGAGCUGAGAGUGGAGUCCUUCCCUAAGAGGUUGGAAGAUGGUCAGCAGCCUGCCUGGAGGCCUGGAAAAAACUUGCUUGAUGCCGUAUGGCAUGGACUCAGGUGUGAACAAACACCUAAGGAAUACAGGCGGACUUUUGUUACGUUUGCAUUUGUUCUGCAUUUAAAGACUGUUUACCAAGUGUGAAUAAAACACUGAACUUUGAUUUGAAAAGUACUGUUUCCUUGCCUCUAUACUGCAACUACACCUAUCUGCAAGCCAUCUAUGAAGAAGUACAGCAGAUGUUAAAAUUGGAUGUCAUUCAGGAGUCAAAAAGUGAGUGGGCCAGUCCAAUGGUCUUAAUACCGAAGCCAGACGGUACAUUGCGGUUCUGUAACAAUCUCCGCAAACUUAAUGAGGUGUCCAAGUUUGAUGCAUAUCCCAUCCCCCGAGUUGAUGAGCUUAUUGAAAGGCUAGGACAGGCUCGGUAUUUUUCUGUUUUGGACCUCACAAAAGGGUACUGGCAGGUGCCCUUGACAG